AUGGAAGCCAUCAGUGACGCCGACGAGGAAUCGGAUCCGGACGGCGCUGAGUCCAUCUCCUUCCACAGCACUCCCCGCCCCAACAUCAGACCCUUCUUUGGUCAUACGGGCAGUUCUGAGGAGACACUGAGCGUGACCUGUACCAGGCUUUUACCGGACGAUCGUCCGUUGGAGGUUUUAGAUCGGAAUUUGCAAGUCCUGUAA